AAGGCCUACGCCAAACCCCUGAAGGAGCUGGCCAAGGCAGGCCGGGGCGUGAUCGAUGUCCACAGCGUACGAAGCAUUUUUUCGGACGUGGAAACCAUUCACUUCUUCAACUCUCAGCUCCUGGCCGACCUCUCCGCCGCCUCGGCGUCCGGCUCGCCCCUGGGCGACAUUUUUCUCCGGAUGGGCACCGGGCUGAAGCUGUACACGUCGUACAUCAACAACUAUGGAGCCGCCCUGCAGGAGUUGAAGAAGCAGCAGGCCAACGCGACCUUUCGUGCUUGGCUCGAGCAAACGAAGGCCCAGAAUCUGGAGCAGUUGAAGAGGAACGAUCUGUCGUCGCUGCUGGUGAUGCCCAUCCAACGAAUACCCCGCUACAUCCUACUACUCAAGGAUUUGCAUCGCAGCACUGAUCCGGUCACGGAUACGGAGGAGCACGCCAAGCUGGGCGAAGCGGUGCAGAUGAUCAGCGAAUUGGCGCAGUACAUCGACCAGAGCAAGCGCACGUCCGAUAACUUCCUUCGCCUCGCCGAAAUACAGAAGAAGCUACACGGCCUCAAGGAGAAGCUGAUUCAACCCCACCGCCGGUUCAUCCACGAGGGCAAAGUGGUACUGACCAAGCAGGGCGUCGCGUCGACGCUCGAACGCACCCUGUACCUGUUCAACGACAUCUUGAUCAUCGCCAAAGAGGAGGAAAAGGAGUCAAGAGGAGGGCGUAUGAUGCAGUUCAAGUGUCUGUCGUCGGUGUCGGCGAUCACGGUCGAGCCCGAGGAGUCGAGCAACGGUUGUUCGUUCCGGCUGACGUGUCACCUGACCAGCCUCAACGCCAGCCCGCAGGAGUCGAAGCUCAUUGUCACCGUCGCCUCGCCCUCGCACGUCAAGGAGUGGAUAGCCAAGUUCGAUGAGGCCAUCGGCGACACGAAGCACAAGUGGACCCUCGACCUGGAAACGAAGCCACUCGGGGACAAGCGCAGGCUCUGGCUACACGGUUCAGCGGCGGCCCGGUGCGGUGACAUGGUGUAUUUCUUUGGCGGCUCCACUGCCGCCCGCUUCCGCAAGUGUCUCUGGACGCUCGAUCUCAACGAGCUGACGUGGAUGCGGAGGAAGAAGACCGGCAAGGGUCCCUCACCGCGGCGAGGGCACAGCGCUACGGCGAUCAAGCACGAGGGGGAGGACGUCAUCGUGCUCAUUGGAGGCAUCGACGGCCGUGCCGCCCUAGGUGACGUUCAUCUUUUCCAGUGCUCGAACUUCACCUGGCUCCAGGAAAAGGCCAAGCUGGCCAAUUCAGCUGAGCUCGGACCCAGGAGUGGCCAUUCGGCGACUCUCGUUGAAGACUGUGUGUAUGUGCUGGGCGGCAAGGACGAUGGCGGCGUUCACUACACUGAGGUGUCCAUAUUGGACACACGCACCUGGCGAUGGAACACCGCGGCGACCACCACCGGCGAGGCGCCGCCCGGCCUCUGCAGUCAUUCGGCCACAGCGGUCGGUCGACGCAUAUUCGUGGUCGGCGGUCGGCGCUCAGACGGCGAGGCCUCGCGUCGAAUUUACAUUCUCAACACCGAGGACAUGUCGUGGACUGCCGGUCCCGAUUUUCCGGCGCUGGCGGGACACAAGGCGAGUGCGUACGGGGACGAUAUCUUCCUCGUGGGCGGAACCUCGUCUCCCGGCAAUCGAAAUCAACAUCUGCUCUUCGUUCUUCGCACCGAAUCGCUGGCGUGGGAGCAGGUCGAUGUGUCGGGCGUGGAGGGCUUUCCCGAUAUCGAAGAGAACUACUCGCUCAUGCUGACGGAGAAGAAGGCCCUCCUGGUCCAUUCCUCCCAACCGACGCACGCCGUGGGGUCGCGUCAAUCGCAGUCCGUGGACAGUGCGAUCAGCGUGCUGCGCCUCGAGUCGACGGAAAAGCGGAUCAAGCUGCUGUCGUCGCCGCCCGCCACCUACGGCGGCGGCGAGUCCGGACCCAGCCCGCGCGUGGCGACCACCACAUCGGCCGACAGCAUCACCGGCGCAUCGCCGCGCCGGAAGGCCUCGCUUCGCAACCGCCGCAACACUCUGGGGAAGCGGCGGGGCCUCGAGUCCCAGUCGUCGUACUCCUCAUUCUACGACGACUCUGCGUCCGAAGGGCGGAGCAGCGUGGACUUCUCCGCGGAUUCAGACAGCGCGAGCGAGCGCGACCACAUCGGGUCAAGGCGACGCCACGGCUCCUUCUGCUCGGACUCCGAGGCGCCCUCGCCGGCCUCGUCCCGCGCGGCCUCGCCCCGUGUGACGAUCGAGGCCGCCUCCUCGGCCCUUGCCUCCGCGGAGAGUGGGACCGGAGGCAUGCGGUCUUCCGACGCGCAAACGUCCGAGGAGGAGAACGACUGGGCCGGGCCGGCCAAGCAGCAACCAACGACCAAGCGCGACAACAAAUGGAAGCGCUUCACCCGCAGCUUCAGCGUCGGCAACAUGUGGAAGUCGCAGGAGAUCUCCGAUGGGGGAGGUGCGGCGGUAGAGGAGGAUGGCGAGCAGAGCCCGGCACUGACGCCGUCGUCGGCGCGCAAUUCGGCCCAGAUGGGGGCGGUGCCGCACGAGGGCAGCGCCAAGGAGGAGCUGCUGGCGCUGCUCAACAGCCCCGGCGCCCUGGAGUCGAAGCAAAACCGCUCCAUGUCGCUCUCGGCGGGCGGGCUCAAGACCCGCGCGGCGAUGGAGAAGACCACCAAGUCCCCGAGCCCCAGGGCCGACGGUAUGGCGGCCUGCCGCUCGGUCAGCGAAGACGCCGAGCCAAUCCGGACUGCGGGCAAGGCCCGCAAGAGCUUCACCAUCAGCGGCCGGCGCAAGAGCCGCGCGGCCCUGCUUCCGUUCGAUCCGCCGCUGUCGCCGUCGCAGUCGCCCGAUCAGAGCAGCAGCGGCUCGGCCACUCCCACAGGGUCACCAGGGUUGGCCACGGGGCAGAGCCCGCGCAAGUACGCAACGCUCAAGAGCAAGCACUCGCCGGUGGUCGGCGCGACGUCAGCGGGCAACGAGGACACCACUCCGCGCUUGUCGGUUCGCUCGCGCACGAGGCUGGGUUCAAGCAGCAGCGCCGCGAGUCCGCGCAGCCCCGCGAUCGCGCGCGGCUCGGACUCCGAAUCGCCACCGGCCGCAAGCGCCGCGCACGACAAGGAGAAGACGCCGCAGGGCAAGGGCGCCAGCGACAGCGCCAAGGGAUCGCCCACGCCCAAGAAGCAGCUUUCCGUUGCGCAGCGGCUCAGCUUCAAGAAUCUGCUGCACCGCGGCGGAGAUAAGAAGAGUAGGUCGAGAGUCAUGCGUCGAGUGUUGGGGUCGGUGUCGCGCGAGCAGCAAGUUGUACGGAGCGGGGUUGUUGCUACGGCCCGCAGCGUGCGGUCAUACACUACAGCCGCCGCCGCCUCGGCCACAGUGUCUGGCCGCAAAUGGGACGCCAUCGUUGUGGGCGGCGGACACAACGGCCUCGUCACCGCUGCCUACCUCGCUAAGGCAGGCAAAAAGGUGGCGGUGCUGGAGCGGCGGCACGUCGUGGGUGGGGCGGCGGUGACAGAGGAGCUCCUGCCGGGCUACAAGUUCUCGCGGGCGUCGUACCUGUGCAGCCUGUUCCGACCCCAAAUCUUCAAGGACCUCAAGCUCAAGGAGAAGUAUGGAGUGAAGCUGUAUCAAAGGAACCCGUCGUCAUUCACCCCUCUGCUCGAUGGACGCUACUUGCUCAUGGGCGGCGGCACCAUGGAGGAGACCCAGCGCGCGAUCGCUCAGUUUUCCAAGGCCGAUGCGGAGGCGUACCCCGAGUACGAGGCCAUGCUCGACAAGCUGGUUCGACCCACCGUCGCCACACGUCGUGACAGCCUCGAUGUCGACUCUGUGGACGUGCUGGACAAGCUGGCGUCGCUCUCCCGACUGGGGUUGCGGACCGCAAAGCUGGGCAAGGACAUCGCUCCCCUCUACGAAAUCGUCACGGCACCCGCCGCACAGAUUCUCAACAAGUGGUUCGAAUCCGAGCCGUUGAAGUCGACACUGGCCACUGAUGCCAUCAUCGGCGCCAUGACAAGCCCCCAAGUGCCCGGCAGCGGCUACGUACUCCUCCAUCACGUCAUGGGAGAGACGGACGGCAUCCCGGGCGCGUGGAGCUACGUCGAAGGCGGCAUGGGCUCGAUCUCGCGGGCGAUUGCCUCUGCGGCCGCUGACGAAGGGGUCACCAUUGUCACCGACGCCGCCGUCAAGUCCAUCAUCGUGUCAGAGCGUGGCGCUAGCGGCGUGGAGUUGGCGGACGGCACCAAGCUGGAGAGCGACCUGGUCAUCUCCAACGCGACGCCCGAAGUCACGUUCCACUCGCUGCUCUCCCAGGAAUCGCAGGCCCGGCUGCCCAGCAGCUUCAGGCAGCAGCUCAAGCACUACGACUAUACGUCGCCGGUGAUGAAGAUCAACAUCGCCCUCAACCAGAUCCCCAACUUCACCUGCCUCCCCAACCAAGCCCCCGGCGUAGCGGGUCCGCAGCACCGAUGCACCAUCCACCUGGGCGCCGAGUCCAUGGCCGACAUCGAGACCGCCUACCAGGACGCCCUGCAGGGCACGCCCUCGCGCAAGCCGGUGAUCGAAAUGACGAUUCCCUCCUCGCUCGACCCCACGCUGGCCCCCGAGGGCCACCACGUCGCGUCCCUCUUCGUCCAAUACGCGCCCUACCACAUCCGCGGCGGAACGUGGGACGAGAAGACCAAGGAGGAGUACGCCGACAGGGUGUUCUCGCUCAUCGACCAGUACGCGCCGGGCUUCAAGCAGUCGGUCAUCUUCAAGGACAUCCUGGCGCCUCCCGACCUGGAGCGCGUGUUCGGGCUCACCGGCGGCAACAUCUUCCACGGCGCCAUGGGGCUCAAUCAGCUGUUCUUCAUGCGCCCGUCGUCCGGCUUCGCCCGCUACCAAACACCGAUUCCCGGACUGUACCUGUGUGGUUCGGGUGCGCACCCGGGCGGUGGCGUGAUGGGCGCUGCCGGCAAGAACUGCGCACGGGCCAUCCUCAACAAUGCGUGA